UCAGCAUCAUAACAGAUCUCUCUGCUGCAGCACAUCUCCUCCUGAGUGUAUUUCCUGUCACUGCCAUGUGGUCAUUCAUUAAAGAUUUUUUUUCAUCACCUCCACCUCGACGACGUUCUCCAUCUCCACCACCUUCUCCACUUUUAAAAACUCCAUGGAGAGAAAUAACUUGGGGAGACAACAGCAAAGAUCUUCAGUACUUCAAGAAUUUUCAGCCUCAAAAUGAGGAGGCAACAAUCAGAGUCCUGCUCUACGGCCCAGUUGGUGCAGGGAAGUCCAGCUUCAUCAACUCUGUUAACAACGUCCUGCAGGGCAGAAUGACCAAUGAAGCUCUGGCCAGCAACAAAACAAGUGAUCAAAGUUUCACCAAGAUUUAUCAAACUUAUAAAAUCAAGAAAGAAGGCAGGGGAAACUUUUAUCCCUUUGUGUUUAAUGACAUCAUGGGUCUGGAGGAAAGAACUGGAGUCAGAGUUGAUGAUGUCAAACUGGCCUUGAAGGGUCAUGUGAAGGAUAGAUAUAAGUUCAAUCCUGUAUCUUCCCUGUCUGAUGAUGAUCCUGGCUACAACUCUUCCCCGUCCAUCAGUGACAGAGUUCAUGUUCUGGUCUGCAUUUAUGAUGCUAAUGCACCACAAAUUAAAUCCUCAGUUUUAGAGAAAAUGAGGGAAAUCAGAGAAGCAGCCAGUGAUCUGGGAAUCCCUCAGCUGGCGAUUCUCACCCACAUUGACUCAGCCUGUGGAGAAACAGAGAAAAAUCUGAGAAACGUCUACAGGAGCAAACAUUUAAAGAAAAAGAUGGGUGACUUCAGCUCCAGUCUGGGGAUCCCAAUGAACUGCAUCCUCCUAAUGAAGAACUACAGUGAUGAAACUCAGCUGAAUUCAGACGUCAGCACUCUGAUCCUGAAUGCUCUGAGGCUGAUGAUUGACUUUGGUGACGACUACGCCGACAAACUGUGAAGCCGCAGAACAGUUUGUGUGGAGAUGCAUGGAAAUUGAAAAUAUGAGCAUGAAAAUAUAUUUUUUGUGUACAUAUCGAUUAUAUCAUUACCUAGUUGUAGAGGAGAUUAUAGUCGUUGAGCAGUAACCAAGUUUUCUGACCUUUGACACAUAUUUCCUACUUUUCUCUCUCAACCCUUUUGUGGUAAAAUUAGUAAUUAGGAAUAAGGAAUAAUUAAAGUGCUUUUACAAUUGUAACUUUGGUCAGUCGGGAAUAGAUUUGCUAAAAAAUGAACAGUUCUCUUCACCAAUAUUCCAUUUUAUAUCCAUUUGUUUGCUGGUCUUUCUAUCGAUUGAAAGGGCAACACAUUUACACUGAUGUUAUUCAUUUUGUUAAAUGAACAAACUUUUUGUUACAUUCUGUUCUUUUGCAUAAAAAAAAACAAACUUCAGACCUCGUUGGAAACCAAGUGCCUGUAAUCGCUUAUACAUGUUUUUUUUUACAAUUAUGACUGAAUUGUUUGGUUGAUGGUUUACAUUUACAUUCUGUGUGUUACUUUCCAGCUUGAUAAAAGUCGCCACCAAACUAUUAGCAGCUGUAUCAGGUCAAAGCGUCGCAUGUUUUUAUUGUUGACUCAUUGUUGUAGAACAUUUGGAGAUCAAUCUAAAUGUGUAUGAUGUGUCAUAAAACAAUGUUACAGUUUGAAUCAUGUUAAA